GAGAGAUGAAGAACUGAUUAAGGAAGAGAGAGGAGCAGCAUCUCCGGGGUUCCCACCCCGCCAAAAACACACACACACCAAACCCGACCAGAAUGAAGUUGUUUCAGGGUCUCAGCACUGCCUGUAUACCCGUCGGUGCACUUAUUGCCAAUUCGCCCCUUCUGAAAGCCGAGACCUCCGCCCACUGUUAGAAGAACACAAGCCAGCCUGGGGAAGGGAGGAAAAAAAGAAAAAAAGCACAACACACCUCUUGGCUCCUCUUUGAUGGCAAUGCCUCACAACUUGGCAGGAGAAAAUGGCUUCAACUUUACCCAGAAACUCAUUUUCUCCAGCCCGUCCAACCCAGUGGAGAACAGCCUUACUUUUGAUACUACCAGUCCCAAGGAAUCUUGCAACACUUCCGAGAGCAAUGGCACUUUAUACUCCAACGCAAACAGCCCUUCGGACUCCUGCAUUAAACCCCUCUGUGACGAGGGACCCGAAAACAAGAGCCAGUUCAGCAAAGGCAUUAAAUACGUCUCCUCAGAAGGAGAAGUGCUGGUUUGCGGAUGGGGAGCCUUCACACCGAGUUGUUUACAGUUCUUCAACACGCCCAAGGGGGUCUUGUUCUUCCUCUGCGUGGCUUCUUUCCUCCAGGGGAUGACCGUGAACGGCUUCAUUAAUACGGUCAUCACCUCCAUAGAGCGGCGGUUCGAUCUCCGGAGCUACGAGAGUGGGCUGAUCGCCAGCUCUUACGACAUCGCUGCCUGUGUGUGCUUGACGUUUGUCAGUUACUUUGGGGGGAAUGGGCACAAACCGCGGUGGCUGGGUUGGGGGGUGUUGAUCAUGGGCAUUGGGUCGGUCAUCUUUGCGCUGCCCCAGUUCACCACCAGCCAAUACGAAGUACAUUUCUCGGAGGAGAUUGGCAUGUGCUCCUCCAAUCUGAGUGUGGGGUGCACAGAAAGCGUUUCCAGCCUCUCCAGCUACCGGUUUGUCUUCAUGCUCGGACAGUUCCUACACGGGAUCGGAGCAACGCCAUUAUACACUCUUGGAGUGACCUAUUUGGAUGAAAAUGUCAAGUCCAACUAUUCCCCCGUGUAUAUUGCUAUUUUCUACACUGCUGCCAUAUUGGGUCCUGCAGCUGGCUAUCUGGUUGGAGGGAUCUUUCUGAACAUUUACACCGAAAUCGGAAGACAAAUUGAUCUUACACCGGACAAUACUCUGUGGGUUGGAGCUUGGUGGAUUGGAUUCCUGGGUGCAGGGGCUGGAUCCCUUUUGAUCUCGAUCCCCAUCUUGGGGUACCCUCAUCGCCUGCCAGGUUCUCAGCGCUACAUAGUCAUGAGAGUUUCAGAGGCCCAUCAGCUGAAAGACGGCAGCCACAAAACCGCCUCAGAUCCUGACUUUGGGAAGACGGUUAAAGACCUGCCACGGUCAGUGCUGCUGCUCCUGAAGAACCCAACCUUCAUCUUCCUCUGCUUAGCUGGAGCAACAGAAGCCACACUCAUUGCUGGGAUGUCCACCUUCGGCCCCAAGUUUCUGGAAUCCCAGUUUAGCUUAAGUGCCUCGGAAGCAGCAACCUUGUUCGGCUACCUCGUGGUUCCAGCCGGAGGAGGAGGCACAUUCCUCGGAGGAUUCAUCGUGAACAAAUUUAAGCUGCGCUGUUCGGGGAUUAUCAAGUUCUGUUUGUUUUGCACCAUGUCCAGCUUGCUGGCCAUUUUCAUCUUUUUCAUCGACUGCCCCAACAUGCCCAUGGCUGGAGUGACACAGAUGUAUGACAGAAGCAUCUUACCCGAAGGCCACCUCAACCUGUCCUCCCCUUGCAAUGUGGAGUGUGAUUGUCUGCGAGAGAUGUACAGCCCCGUGUGUGGAAAUGAUGGAAUCAUGUAUUACUCCCCCUGCCACGCAGGAUGCAAGAAGGUUUCAACCAGCCACGACAGCGGAAAAAGGUAUGAUCUACGGAAAAGAUCUGCUCUGUCUUGUUGUCAGGGUCUGGGCAGAGGAGGAAUGGUGGCAUACAACCAAGGAAACGGGGACAAUUGGCAGGCCCCCAGCUGGCUCCAGCCCACCGGCCAGUGUGCCGGGCAAUCUCCAGUCCUUGGUGCAGCAUCUGCGACUCACAGCUUCAAAAGCUGGAGCACACAACUCAGCAGAGAAAACGGGCAAACAGAAGUGCUGGGAGAAACACAGCAGUCCUUGAAAGUUUACCACGAGUGCAGCUGUAUACUUGAUGCUCCCGCUGCAUCUGGCUUGGCGACUGCAGGAAAGUGUACCUCCUCAUGUGAGAGAAGGAACCUCCUCCUGCUUUUCAUGUUUGUGGUGAUCCUCUUCACAUUCCUGAGCAGCAUUCCUGCUCUGACGGCCACUUUACGGUGUGUUUCAGACAGGCAGCGAUCGUUUGCUCUGGGGAUCCAAUGGAUUGUAGUCCGGACACUUGGUGGUAUUCCAGGACCAAUUGCUUUUGGUUCGAUGAUUGACAGGUCGUGUCUCCUUUGGCAGAACCAGUGCGGUGAACAAGGAUCGUGCUAUGUCUACCAGAACUUUGCUAUGAGUCGAUACACCCUGGUCGCAGGUGUUAUAUACAAGGUGAUUGGAUCCUUCUUCUUCCUGCUUGCUUGCGCACUCUACAAACCACCUCCCCCUGAAUCUGUUCCGGGAAGCUCUGACGCCUCUGAAAAUGGCAACUGCGACGUCCAAGAGAACAAAUACCCACAUCAAUCUCAAGACGACAUAUAGCACGGAGGAUAUGACAAGUGACUUUCACACCAUUUCCAAGACACUGUGUCUAAAGAAUAUGUAUUCGUCUUUUCCUGUUAAAUGAUUGGUAUUAUUUUUCUUCAUUUCCCCCUCCUCCGGGGAAGAAUAAUUUAAUGGUAUAUAAUUUAGUAUUUUCUGAACAGCAAAAGCACACUGCAAAACUUGUGCACUGGCCUUGCCACCUUGAAGCCUAUCACCAGGGUUUGGGACCCUUUUUCCCAGUGUGGAAGAUGGAGGUGCCAGGAUUUUUGGAAAGGCCACAGCCAGUUUCAGAUGUCUCUCACAUGUGGCUGCUGCCAUUUUGGAAUGGAGCGCCGCCAUUUUGAAAUUUAUUUAUUUUUCUAAACCAAGAUGACAGCACCUGUGAGGCACUGGAAUGUGUUCUGCUUGGCUCGAGUGGGCAGCAUUCACUUUACGAAGUGUCCCAGCCUUGCAUUUAGAGACCAACUUUAAGCGUAACCUCAGCAUGCCACAAUGUUUUGUGGCGUCAACCAACCUCACAGUGUUAAUUUAUGUCAAGGGCUAAACAUAGCUUCAGACCAUUCCUGUAUAAAGCACUUAAAGAGGCAAGCAGAGUUCACCCCCAUGGGCCGUGUGUGGACGCUGGUACAAGCUCUUCUCUGGUGUAAAUGUAAUUUGGCUAGUUUGUCGCUGCUCCUCAGGCAGGAAGUUCUGUGGUAACGUUCUUGGUCCUCUUCCUUUUUGGGGGGUUUUCUGCUCAUCACUCGGGGGCUGCAACAUCACGGUGACUCACAGAUAUGUA